GUUCGCGGCAUUUCUCCUCCGGUGGAGAACCUCGGUGAUCGGUGCUCGCUCUCAGCUCCAAUUUUCUCAUCCUCCCAACGAUAACCAAUCCCCGUCCCUCCCAUUCCACCAAUCCCGAGGCCCGCCGAUCGAUCCCUCUAUUUCCUAAAAAUUUUUUUAAAAAAAAAUCCAGGAAAAUUCAAUUUUUUUCUUUUCUUUUAUUUAUUUAUUUAUUUUGAUUCCUUAUAUAUAUAAGUUUAUGCAUAGAUUUCUGAGGGAUAAAAAUCGGUGGUGUCUUUGAGGGGCUUCGAAAAAAUAUGGGUGUGAUCUCAAGGCAGAUCUUUCCGGUGUGUGAGAGUCUCUGUUUCUUUUGCCCUGCUUUGCGUGCCAGAUCUAGACAUCCUGUUAAACGAUACAAGAAGUUGCUCGCCGAUAUAUUCCCUCGGUCUCCGGAUGAAGAACCGAAUGAGCGUAUGAUUGGUAAACUAUGUGAAUAUGCCUUAAAAAAUCCUCUGCGUAUCCCCAAGAUCACAAGCUCUCUUGAGCAAAGAUGUUACAGGGAUUUGAGAAAUGAGCAGUUUCAUUCUGUAAAAGUUGUCAUGUGUAUCUACAGGAGAUUGUUGAUUUCUUGCAGGGAGCAAAUGCCAUUAUUUGCAAGUAGCUUCCUUAGUAUUAUACACAUCCUUCUUGAUCAAACACGACAUGAUGAAAUACGUAUUUUAGGAUGCGAAACCCUUUUUGUUUUUGUGAAUAAUCAGACGGAUGGUACUUACAUGUUCAACUUAGAUGGCAUGAUCCCAAAACUUUGUCUUCUAGCUCAAGAUACAGGGGAAGAUGAGAGGGCGCGACAUUUGCGCUAUGCUGCUCUUCAAACGCUUGCAGCAAUGGUUUGGUUCAUGGGUGAAUUCUCUCAUAUUUCAGCGGAAUUUGAUAAUGUUGUUUCAGUUGUUUUGGAAAACUUUGGAGGUCCUAUGGAAAACUCAGAUGCUGACAAUGAUAAGAAUGAUGCCCCUAAUGAGUCUAAUCCUUUACCGUCCAUGGCAACAAUUUCUUCCUGGAGGAUGAUAGUGACUGACAGAGGAGAAAUUAACGUGCCUGUGGAGGAUGCAAAGAAUCCCAGAUUUUGGUCAAGGGUAUGCCUGCAUAACAUUGCCAAGUUGGCGAAGGAAGCUACAACUGUACGACGGGUCUUGGAGUCUUUGUUCCGCUAUUUUGAUAGUGAAAAUCUCUGGUCUCGUCAUCAUGGGCUAGCACUUCCCGUGUUGAUGGAUAUGCAAUUAAUAAUUGAAAAAUUCGGGCAAAACACACACUUUUUGUUAUCCAUUUUAGUUAAGCAUCUUGAUCAUAAGAAUGUUCUUAAGCGUCCAAACAUGCAAUUGGACAUUGUUGAAGUUGUCACUGCCCUAGCGAGACAAACGAAGAUUCAACCAUCUGUUGCCAUGAUUGGUGCAUUGAGUGACAUGAUGAGGCAUCUGCGGAAAAGUAUACACUGCUCACUUGAUGAUUCGAAUUUGGGUGCUGAAGUAAUUGAAUGGAACCGAAAAUAUAAAGAAUCAGUGGACGAGUGCCUUGUGGAGUUGAUACAUAAGGUAGGAGAUGCUAGUCCUGUUCUUGAUGUGAUGGCUGUUAUGUUAGAAAACAUGUCUAAUAUUACUGUUAUGGCGAGAACAUUGAUUUCUGCUGUUUAUCGUAUUGCUCAAAUUGUGGCAUCCAUUCCAAAUUUGUCAUACAAAAACAAGACAUUUCCUGAGGCACUAUUUCAUCAAUUACUCGUAGCUAUGGUCUGUAGUGACCAUGAAACCAGGGUGGGUGCACACCGUAUAUUUUCCAUUGUUCUAGUUCCAUCUUCUGUCUGCCCUCGUACUAGCCCUGCUGGUCCCAGCCAUGCAAACACUAAUGAAAUUCGGAGAACACUCUCAAGAACUGUAUCUGUGUUUUCUUCUUCAGCUGCACUCUAUGAGAAAUUGAUAAAGGAGACCUCACAUGAGCAUGAGGAACCGAAGGCUAAUAAUGAAUCUAUUCUAAGCAGAUUGAAAUCGUCUUAUAGUCGAACUAGUACUGUAAGAAGGAAUCCACCAGUGCCAACCACAAGUGAUUCUGUAGGUAACGUGGAUGUAAACAUGCGUAGUCCUUCUCUGCUUAAAAGAUUGAAGUCAAGAGCUUAUACAGUGAAAAGAAAUCCAUCAAAUGUGAUGGCCGCUCCAAAAAACAAUGUUCCAGACAAAGAACCAACAAUCACCCUUAGACUGAGUAGCCGCCAGAUUACCCUUCUGCUUUCAUCAAUAUGGGCACAAUCCAUUUCUCCCUUAAAUAAACCAGAAAAUUAUGAAGCAAUUGCUCAUACCUACAGCCUGGUGUUGUUAUAUGCCCGGUCUAAGAACUCUGGUCAAGAUACCUUAAUUCGAAGUUUCCAGCUUUCAUUUUCCUUAAGGAGCAUAACCCUUGGUGAAGGAGGCCAUCUGCAGCCAUCAUGCCGCAGAUCCCUCUUCACCUUGGCAACAUUUAUGAUAAUCUUCUCAUCAAAAGUGUACAACAUCAUCCCUCUUGUUGCUCGUGCUAAAGCUGCACUAACAAAUGAAACAGCUGAUCCAUAUCUACAGUUGGUUGAUGAUUGCAAGUUAGAGACUGUUAAUACUGGAUCAGGUCAAUUAGGUUAUGGAUCAAAAGAAGAUGAUGAGGAAGCUAUGAAGUCACUUUCAGCAAUACAACCAACUGAAAUCAAAUCAAAGGAAGCAUUUGCUAAUAUGAUAGUGCAAAAUCUGGGAAAAUCACCAGAAGAGUCCGCAACAAUAAUAGAGAAGUUAGAAAAUAACUUUUUGCCUGAUGACGUAUGUCCAUUGGGAGCUCAAUUAUUCAUGGAUACACCAGGACAGAUCUACCAAUACAUAUUAAAAAAUAAUGGAUCUCCUGAUAUGGCUGAGCCACCAUUGCUCAUUGUUGAGGAUGAUGUUUUACCCAGUGAAAGGCAAGAUGAUCAAGGAACAAAGCAAAGCCUGGAAAGUCAAACCCUUCUAAGUGUUGAUGAGCUUUUAGAUUCAGUGGUGGAGACAACAAAUCAGGUAGGAAGGAUGUCAGUCUCAACAGCACAUGACAUGCCAUACAAGGAAAUGGCUGGCCAUUGUGAGGCCCUUCGGAAGGGAAAGCAGCAAAAGUUGUCCACUUUCAUGGGUCAACAGAGACAAGACAAUUUAAUUACCUAUCCUUCUCAUGAUUCCAACCAGGGAAAAGAAAUUGUUUCUUCUGCCAAUGUCCAACCGGGUUUUCCUAUGACUGGAAAUCCAAUCCUUGUCUCAAACUUCGAAGCUAAACCAGGCAAUCCAUUCGUCAGCACAGGUCCAACGCAUUGUGCAACUGACUACCAGCAUACUCCUCAGUUCUUCAAGCUACCAGCAGCGAGCCCUUAUGAUAAUUUUUUGAAGGCCGCUGGUUGCUAACAUGUAGAGAAGUGACAGUAGUCCCCAUAACAAGUAAGUUUUGUAUUUGAACUAAGGACAGAGGCUUAAGUUCACAGGUAGUAUGUCAAAUUCUCAUUAGACUGGCACAGGCUGCCAUCGAAAUUUUGCAAACUUUUGUAGCGUUUCGAGAUUUAUAAUCUUUGCCAGUUAGUGUCUCCAAUGCUUCCAUCCAUUUUGCAUUUUAUUUUUGUACAGAGGAACCUUAAAUAUUAUUGGCUCUUCCACAUGUUCUUUAUUUGUUGUGAAAUGUGGAAAAUUGACCCCUCCAAUGUAUACUGCUGGGUUGAGUAUAGGCUUCUUUCCUUGUUUUCAGUAAUUGGAUUCCAUUCCUUAUGAUGUGAGGAUCUGUAAAGGCAUAUUUUUUGGGUAGAAGAGAA